AUGAACCUAAAUGAUCGCCCGUUGCUCGGCUAUUUAGUGAAACGUACUGCCGAGCAGUUGAGUGAACUCUACGAAUCGCCUGGUGCAGUGUUUGCAGUUUUUUGUGCACUACCUGACAUUUCACAACAAUGCGUGCUGAAACUGCUCUGGAUCAGUGGUGAUCUUCAACUGAGUUUAUGGCGUUCAAUACUGAAGAAAGAGCAACUUUCAACAGUCGAAACUCAUAUUGGCUUGUUGCGAAAGUUGCGAAUUAUCGAUAGCACUGAACAGCUCAAAUUGAAUACAAAAUUCCGUAAUUCGUACAUUCACGCGAUUCGCGUUGGUAAAUAUGAGGCAUCGAGGUUGAAAGCAAUGGCUGAACUGGAUGAAAAGAGUCGAAAAUCGGCCAAUAAAGAUUUGGGUAAGAAAGCAAUCGAACGCUGGGAAUGCAUAUUGCAUUAUUUGGCGCUGCCAUCGCAGAAAAGUGAGCAAGGCGUGAGCGGUUCCACUAAACAACUCUUCAAAGCAGCGGGACUGACGAGUGGUGCUGAUGGCGAUAACGAUAUUGAAAUAACUUCGGCUGGUUUUCAAUUCUUAUUGUUCAGUCAAACACAACAAAUUUGGAUGUACAUACUGCAUUUUUUACGAAUGGAAGAAUCACAGGGCAAAAAUGUUAUGGCUGAAUUGGAUUUCUUGUUAAGAUUAACAUUAUGCGUUGAUCAUAACACGCAUACAAGCAAUAACGUUCGAUCACGAUCGCAUGAUAGCGGUGCUGAUCGAGAGAAUAAAUCAACAGCAAGAGCGUUCUUCAUUGAUGACACUUGGUCGGAGACUAUCACUGGCUUUUUGAUGCAUUUGCGAGAGUUGGGACUUAUUUUCAUUCGGAAACGGAAAGACGGGUAUUUUUUUAUCACGCCACUUUUUGCGCAUCUUACAAUGUCGUGUGCGUCCACAACUGAAGUGUCCGUGGCCGAAAAACGUUCUCAUAUGGGAUAUAUUAUUGUUGAAACGAAUUAUCGAGUUUAUGCGUACACAGAUUCGAGUUUGCAACUUGCGAUUCUAUCAACGUUCACUGAGAUGAUGUACAGGUUUAGCGAUAUGUCGGUGGGUUUGUUGACGAGAGAAUCUGUGCGAAGAGCGUUACAGGUGGGUAUAACAGCCUCGCAAAUAAUCGCAUUUCUGCGUGCUAACGCACAUCCAGAAACGGUCUCUGCAGCUGCCACAUCUUCAGGCACCAUCCAGUGUGUGCCAGUGACAGUGGCAGAUCAGAUUCGCUUGUGGGAGGAUGAACGACAUCGAUUGGUCUUCUCCGAUUCUGCUCUCUACUCGACAUUCGAAAGCGAGCGAGAGUAUGUCGGUGUGAAAGAAUAUGCAAGAUCGCAAGAUAUAUUGUUGUGGUUCGACGAUGUGCAACGUUUAGUGGUGGUAACAGAGGAUGGACACGAUAAGGUGAAGGCUUGGUGGAAGGCGAAUAAAGCGAACGUUUGA